AUGCUCGUCCUGAUAGCAUUGACCGCACCGAUACUUACAUCGGUAUACCACUACUUCUCUCCGACUUUUCAGCCUCUUCUUCCUCUCUUUCGCAAAUCAAACCACACCGCCAUUCAGUUCCCCACAAGAGAACUAAGCGGUGGUCGAGUAACGCUCUUACUAGUAUAUCAUAUCAUACGGAGUUUAGCUCGAAGGAUAGGACUCGGACCUCGACUAUCCAUCAUCGGAGGAGAUACUCAAGAUGGUGCGGUAUACAAAAUCAAAGAUGAUAUAUCACUUUCAAUGCCGUUCCAAAUCAUUUCGUCAGAUAUCGAAAAUUAUCUACAAUGUCUAUCAUCCUCCUCCUCAUCUCCAUCUAUCACCAAGCAAGAUAUCUUAUCCAGUGGAAAGCAUUUACAAUUACUCUUAUCGGCUUUAACGGAACCAUCCAUGCUCUUACUUCUGUCCAAGGUGAAUUGUCCUAUAGAUCCGAUAGGUUCAGUCAACGUGCGAAACAAAUUCACUUUAAUCGAUCUUCCACUCUGUCAACGAUCCCUCCAAAAUACUUUGGAUAGUGAGAGUAACGGAGGUCCCGGACUGAUAGCUAGGUCAAAGUUAGAUCAAAGAGUGAAAAAGGUUAAGAGAGGUUGGGAAUUCACUAUUAUCGUUGAAUUGCGACUAGAUCAAACUGGAACUGAGACUGGAACUGGAUCUGCGAUAUAUAAACAGGAAUUUACAAUGUUACAAUUCCAUAAACAUCCACAACAACCCUCCAUACCACCUCCAAACCCUACGACUUCGAUAGAUGUAGAAUCUAUAGGGAUGAUUGAUAUUGGUAAAGAGGAACCUUGGAAUUGGGCAAGAUUAUCUAAAGACUAUAACCCCAUACAUACUUACUCUACCGCUGCGAGGUUAUUGGGAUUCAAGAGUAAGAUAGCUCAUGGAAAUCAUAUAGUUUCCAAAGCAAUUCAGCAACUGUCUGACCAAAAGAUACACAUGGACAAGGGGAUGGAGGGAUGGAUAAAAGUGGAAUUCAAAAGACCGAUAAUCGUACCGUCUACUUUAGAAAUCAAGAUGUAUCCCCAGGGAACAGAGAAGAAAGAGCCGUUUGUGGACAUCUGUAUGAAUGGUAAGGUAGCUAUUACUAUCAAUUUUGGGAAUGAAUGGCAGUCAUCUUAA